CGGUUGCGCCAUGUUAACGCUGCACGUUGCAGCCGCAGCAGCCAGUAGCGGCAAUACAGAGACAUAUGCAGGAUUAUAGAGCUAAACCCGGCCAGCAGCCACAGAAAAGAUUGCAAUUGCGUUUGAGGCUUUUAUUUAAUGCACCGCGCCCAGAAGAACCCAGGAUCGCGUCCCCAUUUUGGAAUGAUUAUUUCUUACAGUGCCAGAGGCCCCUUGAAUUGAAUGUAAUGUGAACAUCUACAGCAAUGUGGUUAUUUUCCUGCAGAUGAGCUGCCGUUUUAUCCUCUCCCCCCCUCCUAUUCUCCUUUCAUCAUAAGUCAAGAUCAUCUUCAAUUCACUGGACUCUCCUAAACCUGUAUAUGAAGACGGAGUGGGGACCGUAAUGACCGCACGCUUCCGGUUGCCUGCUGGCAGUACUUACGAUGUGGGAGCGUUGGAGGAGGCCAGAGAGAGACAGCAAGCGCAGGUGGUGUGUAACGUUUUACUGCUGGACAACACAGUACAGACCUUCAGUGUCAAUAAGCAAGAUCAGGGGCGGAUCUUGUUGGACGUAGUGUAUAAACACUUGGAGCUAACUGAGCAAGACUACUUCGGCCUUCAACUAGCAGACGACUCUUGUGACAGCCAGAGGUGGCUGGACCCAAACAAAUUUGUUAGAAAACAGCUUAAAAGGCCAUCCCCACAUAAUCUGAGGUUCAGGGUGAAGUUUUUCGUGAGUGACCCUGGUAAAUUACAGGAAGAGUACACAAGAUAUUUGUACUUUUUGCAACUGAAGCAGGAUAUUCUGAGUGGCAGGCUUCCUUGCCCACAAAACACUGCAGUUCUUUUGGCUUCUUAUGCAGUUCAGGCUGAGUUGGGGGACUACAGUCACUCCGAGCAUUUGUCUGGGUACCUCUCCGAGUACAGCUUCAUUCCCAACCCUCCGCAGGACUUUGAGAAAGAGGUCGCCAAACUUCACCAAGAGCACAAUGGACUCACACCAGCUCAGUCCGAGUUUAACUACUUGAAUGCUGCGCGGACGCUGGAGCUGUACGGCGUGGAAUUGCACUAUGCUCGGGACCACUGUAACGCAGAGAUAUACAUGGGAGUUUUGUCUGCCGGCAUCUCCGUCUAUAAAGACAGGGUACGAGUCAACCACUUUCCAUGGUUGAAAAUUGUAAAAAUAUCUUUUAAAUCUAAACAGUUUUUUAUACAACUAAGAAAAGAACUGACUGAGAGCAGAGAGUCGUUAUUGGGUUUCAACAUGAUGAACUACAGAGCUUGUAAGAACUUAUGGAAGGCCUGCGUGGAGCAUCACACGUUCUUCAGACUGGAGCGACCCGUUCCCCCUGAGAGGAACCUCUUUCUGCAGUACUUCACCCUCGGAUCCAAGUUCCGCUACUGUGGUAGGACAGAGGCGCAAUCUGUACAGUACGGAAAGGAACGAGGCAUCAAGAACAGAGUUUUUGCACGGUCACCAAGCAAGCCUCUGGUCAGGAGACUGAUGAGCGGUUUGGACUGGGAGACCGUCAGCAGGAAUUCCCUCUCGGACGACCGACUCGAGACUCAGAGUCUGCCGAACCGUUCUCCGCCGGACUCGCCCGAUCACAGUAACUCCGUGUUUACCACAGAGGGCGCGCGGGUAAGGCCGUCCUCCAUCGGUCACCUAGUCGAUCACGUGAUCGAUGACUCGCCAUGCCAGACGUUCACCAAUCACAAGUCUGCAUCCUCCACGCAGGCCAACAGCAUCAGCCUGGACUCAACACCGUCUCCCGAUGUCACGACCGAUGAGCAGCCGCCCGCUCCCCCAAAACAGUCCAGAAAAGACCCUCUGACCCACAACGGCAGAUCACAGUCUCAGCACGAGCUGGACGACCACCUCAGCGAACUAUACAACGUACCUGCGUCGUCGGGAAAGAGCAUGAAUGGAGCCGUGCCUCAUGACAAUCUUGUUCUGAUUAAAAUGAGGCCGGAUGAAAACGGACGAUUUGGAUUUAACGUUAAGGGUGGCGCUGACCAGAGGAUGCCCAUCAUAGUGUCCCGUGUGGCUCCAGGAACUCCGGCUGAUAUGUGUAUGCCGCGCCUCAACGAGGGCGACCAGGUCGUGCUGAUUAACGGACGCGAUAUCUCAGAGCACACUCACGAUGACGUGGUUAUGCUAAUUAAGGCCAGCUGUGAGGACCAAUCAGGAGACCUCAUCCUUCUCGUCAGACCCAAUGCCAUCUAUGAUGUGGACGAGGAGCAGGAGAAGUUGGAUCUAGAGCCAGAUUUCCAGUACAUUCCCGAGACGUCCAGUUUAGAGCAGAGCCACUCCGAGGCUGAUAGUUUGAGGUCCUCAAUACAGCUGCUGAAAGACGGUCUUUCCAGCGGUACCGUGCUUGCGCAGUUUGAUCAACUGUACAGGAAACGUCCUGGGAUGUCCAUGUCAUGCGCCAGAUUGCCACAAAACGUCUCCAAAAACCGGUAUCGGGACAUUUCUCCAUAUGACACCACUCGAGUUGUAUUAAAGGGGACGGAUGAUUAUAUCAAUGCAAAUUUCAUCAAUAUGGAAGUCCCGAGUAAAGGUGAAGUAAAGCGGUAUAUUGCCUGCCAAGGGCCACUUCCUGGUACAUGCUCUGACUUUUGGCAGAUGGUGUGGGAACAGAGCGCCACCCUUGUGGUCAUGCUGACGACACAAGUUGAACGUGGCAGGGUGAAAUGUCAUCAAUACUGGCCAAAUGUUUCCGCAAGUGGCGCCUAUGGAGGGUUCCAGGUUACAUGCGUGUCGGAGGAAGGGAACUCUGCGUACAUGCUCAGAGAUCUGACUCUUACACACCUGGAGAGUAAAGAAGAAAGGCAGAUUUGUCAGAUGCAGUACUUGGCGUGGCCCGAUCACGGCGUGCCAGAUGAUUCGUCGGACUUCCUGAACUUUGUCAGUCAAGUACGCAGCAAAAGAGCCGACACUCCAGAUCCUGUUAUGGUUCAUUGCAGCGCCGGGAUUGGUCGCACCGGGGUGCUUAUCACCAUGGAGACAGCUAUGUGUUUGAUAGAGAAUGGUCAGUCGGUGUAUCCCUUAGACCUCGUGAGGACCAUGAGAGACCAGCGUGCCAUGAUGAUCCAGACUCCUAGCCAGUACCGUUUCGUCUGCGAAGCGAUUUUGAAAGUUUACGAAGAGGAGAUUGUAAAACCAUGCGAGACUGAGCCUCCGGUCGAAAAGGAAGAAUGAACACCACCCGUUCAGCGUUUCUGAGCUUCUUCUGUGAUUUACAACUACUGCCUGUGAGAUCUGCGCUCAGCUCGCUGUCGCCCCCUGCUGGAAGGCAGUGGACAUGACUGCCUGCAAGCUAGAAUACAGACGAAAAAGCACUAUUGCACUUUACAGCGACAAACAAUGACUUGAGGGGUUUUUUUUAUUUU